AUGGAGAUUCAGAUCUCAUACUCUGUCGUCUUCACUUUCUUCUUCUGCUUCUUCCUUGUAAUCCUGAAGCUAUCUUCUUUUAAACCCAGCAAAAACCUACCCAUAGGGCCAUGGAAAUUACCUCUCAUCGGAAACCUCCACCAACUUGCUGGCCCACUACCUCAUCAUUCUCUCAGAAAUCUUGCAAACAAGUAUGGACCGUUCUUCCAUCUUCAACUUGGGCAGCUUUCUUAUAUCAUAGUGUCUUCACCUGAAUAUGCAAAGGAAAUAAUGAAGACACAUGAUCAGAUCUUUGCAAAUAGACCCAAAUAUCUUGCCUCUGAUAUCCUUGGCUACAACAGCACAGACAUCUUCUUUUCCCCAUAUGGAAACUAUUGGAGGCAACUUCGAAAGAUUUGUAUUUUGGAGCUUUUCUCAUCAAAGAGGGUUCAAUCGUUCAGAAGGAUAAGGGAAGAGGAGAUAUCAGCACUAGUGAGGAACAUUUCUGAACAUGAAGGUUCUGUCAUGAGCCUCAGUCCAAAAAUUUCUGCACUGACAAAUUCUAUAGUGGCAAGAGCGGCCCUUGGGAAGAAGACAAAGAAUGUAGAACACAUCCUGGAAAUCGUAGAGCGAGUGAUAAAUAUAAGCUCUGGGUUAUCAAUUUCUGAUUUCUAUCCUUCACUAAAAUUUAUUAGUUUCAUCACUGGGAUGAGAGCUCGAACUAUGAAGGUGCACAAAGACUUUGAUAGAGUGUUAGGAGCCAUCAUCAAAGACCAUCAAGAAAAGAAAGGUGAUAACGUUGGAGAGAUAGAAGAGGAUCUAGUUGACGUUCUUCUCAGGAUUCAAAAGGAUGAUGGUAUUGAGAUUCCCUUAUCUCUUGACAACGUCAAAGCUGUCCUUCAGGAUGUUUUCAUUGCUGGAACUGACACAACAGCAACCACAACAGAGUGGGCAAUGUCAGAAUUGCUCAGAAACCAAGAGGCUAUGAAAGAGGCACAAGCAGAGGUAAGAAGAGUCUAUGGAAGCAAGGGGUACGUGGAUGAAUCUAAACUUCAUGAGUUGAAAUAUUUAGGUGCUGUCAUCAAAGAAACUCUAAGGCUACAUCCACCUGUACCCUUGUUAGUUCCAAGAGAAAACAGUGAAAACUGUGUUAUCAAUGGAUAUCAAAUACCCUCCAAGACAAAGAUUAUGAUUAAUGCGUGGGCUAUUGGAAGAGAUCCUAAGAAUUGGAAUGAACCAGAGAGAUUUGAGCCAAACAGGUUUCUUAGUACAUCGGCUGAUUACAGCUUCAAAGGUUUGAACUUUAACUAUAUCCCAUUUGGUGCUGGAAGAAGGAUGUGUCCUGGAAUCACAUUUGCCACACCUGUUUUAGAAUUGUUACUCUCUAAUUUACUUUACCAUUUUGAUUGGAAACUUUCUGAAGGGAUGAAGCUUGAGAAUUUGGACAUGAACGAGUCUUUUGGUGCCGUGGUUAAAAGGAAAACCGAUCUGAAUGUAGUUCCUUUUUGCUAUUCCCCUUACUAUUAGGUUUUCAUGUAUAUAUUUAUCACUUGGAAUAUGUUCUGGCCAGUG